AAUAUGUAAAUAAAUAGAAAGAGAGAUAAAAAGAUAAAACCAAUAACUCAGCACCAGUUUCGCCCACGAACCAGCCUUCAUUUCAGUGCUCCAAACCAACCAAUUCUGACCCCUCCAUACUUUUCUAUUAUCUUCAUCUUCUACCUUUUUCUCCUCCUCCUUCUUCUUCUUCUUCUUCUUCUUCAUUGUUAUCAGAACCCGGAAAAAAAAAAUGGAGGGUAUGGAAGCAAUAGCUUUGAAACCAAGUUUGCGUCGGGAAUUACACCAGCAAGUAUUUUUUGAGGAGUUUUACGGUGCCACCGGAAUUACCUGCGUUUCAACCGAGGAUUUCUCGGUGGAUGACCUUCUUGACCUUCCUAAUGGAGAAUUCGAAGAUGGGUCUUACGAAGAAGAGGAAGAGAAAGACUCUGUUUCUUUGGAUGAAAAUUCCAACUCUAGUAAUUUCUCAACCGCCGGUGACUCUGAGUCGCCUCUGACCAGCGAGCUCGCCGUUCCGGAUGAUGAUAUAGCAGAGCUUGAAUGGGUUUCUCAUUUUGUUGACGAUUCUCUCUCAGACCUUCCUCUUCUAUACCCAGUUGGAAAACAGAGAAGCGAGACUUGUACAGAGGACCGGUCUGUAAAAAAACCUAGACUAACUGAACCAAACCCUCCUUUGUGUUUCCCAUCAGUUCCGGUCAAAGCCAGAACAAAACGGUCCAGGCCAACAGGUCGAACAUGGUCAAGAGGAAACUCGCUCGCUGAGUCAUCUUCUUCGUCCUCUUCGUCUCUCUCUUCUGGGUUUUCCUCAACACCAACUCUUAUCUUCGCCAGCACAGUCCAAAACAUGGAAUUCUUCCAAAACUUCGAAAAACCGGCACCCAAAAAGCAAAAGAAAAAACCGGCGGUUCAAACCAACGGGUCGAGUGGUGGAACAAUACAGUCUCAGCGUCGGUGCAGCCAUUGUCAGGUUCAGAAAACCCCACAGUGGAGAACCGGUCCACUCGGAGCCAAAACGCUUUGUAAUGCAUGUGGGGUCCGGUACAAAUCCGGUCGGCUUUUCCCAGAGUAUAGACCGGCUUGUAGUCCGACGUUUUCUGGCGAGUUACACUCCAAUAGUCACCGGAAGGUGUUGGAAAUGAGGAAGAGAAAGGAAACGGCCGAAACCAAAUCCGAACUGACCCAAGAAAUGGCCGAAAUCAAAUCCGAACUGACCCAAAUGAUUCCCAGUUUUUGAUGAUAUAUAUUUAUUUUUUUUAGAAUUAAAAUUUUUAGGUGCUUGUGAACCGGUUUUUUCACCGGUUCGACUUGUACAUUUUUCGACCCGUGGUACCAGUAGUAGUCAGUGACUUUUCAGUCGUGUAACACAGCUUGUAGGGAGGUUUUUAUUAUUUUUAUUUUUAUAGUUUUUAUAUAUUUUAUUGAAGUUUGUAGGUCGUUUUUUUAGUACACCAGAAAUUUGUUCUGCAGGUUUUUAGAGAGGUUUUAAUCAUAAUUAGCAUUUUUUAUUCUUAUAAUAUUUAUUAUAUUAUUUUAUUUGAA